GGGGUUGGCCUUUGCGUCUCUCAACUCCGCCGCACUCACGCACUCUUGUCAGCUUGCUAACCUACACCGCGCGUGUAGGCUGGGCAAUACACAAGCAAUGUAAAUGAUAUGAUUGGCUGCGUAGCGGAAGUGAACUUUAUCGUAUCAUUUGCUGUACACCUGUCACUCACCGAGUUACAACGUAAUUAAUACGUUUCUGUUGAUUUUUUUUUUUGUGCGCAGCAUAGAAUUUCUUGUGCGCAGAGUAGAUGCCAGCAGUGCGCGAUUGCGCACGCGCGCAGCUUAGAGGGAACACUGCUGAUAAUCUCCCUCGAUCUGGGGCUCCAUUCAAGAUCUCACCCCGUGGAAUUCAAAUGAUGACAAGAACGGUGAGCAAAAAUCCCAGAACCACACGGGGGACAUAGUGAAUGACCUACCUGAGCUGGGACCACAGUAACAAAGGCUACUAUCAGUAACAGAAUGCGCCGCCAGGGACUCAAAUCCUGCACUACCAGACAUGUCCCCCUGCUGAAGCCAGAACACGUCCAGGCCCGUCUGCGGUUCGCGAGGGAGCAUUUGGAUGAUCUAGAAGAGGACUGGGAGAAUGCGUUAUGGUCAGAUGAAACCAAAAUAGAACUUUUUGGUUGAAACACAGGUUCUCGUGUUUGGAGGAGAAAGAAUACUGAAUUGAAUCCGAAGAACACCAUACCCACUGUGAGGCAUGGGGGUGGAAACAUCCUGCUUUGGGGCUGCUUUUCUGCAAAGGGACCAGGACGACUGAUCUGUGUAAAGGAAAGAAUGUAUCGAGAGAUUUUGAGUGAAAAUCUCCUUCCAUCAGCAAGGGCAUUGUAGAUGAGACGUGGCUGGGUCUUUCAGCAUGACAAUGAUCCCAAACACACAGCCAGGGCAACAAUAGAGUGGCUUCUUAAGAAGCAUUUCAAGGUCCUGGAGUGGCCUAGCCAGUCUCCAGAUCUCAACCCCAUAGAGAAUCCGUGGAGGUAGUUGAAAGUCCGUGUUGCCCAAUGACAGCCCCAAAACAUCACUGCUCUAGAGGAGGUCUGCAUGGAGGAAUGGGUCAAAUUACCAGCAACAGUGUGUGAAGUUUGUGAAGAGUUACAGAAAACGUUUGGUCUCCAUUAUUGCCAACAAAGGGUACAUAACAAAUUAUUGAGAUGAACUUUUGGUAUUGACCAAAUACUUUUUUCCACCAUGAUUUCCAAAUAAAUUCUUAAAAAUCAAACAAGAUUUCUGUUUUUUUUUCACAUUCUGUCUCUCAUGGUUGAGGUUUACCCAUGUUGCCAAUUACAGGCCUUUCUAAUAUUUUCAAGUGGGAGAACUUGCACAAUUAGUGGUUGACUAAAUACUUAUUCGCCCCACUUUAUCUCUAGCCUGGUAGUCCAGACUCACCGCUGUUCCAGCUAUUGAGUCUGGCCACCAUUAAGCGCAUAAAAUUUCCAGGGCGGAGCAAGCCACAGCAAACAGACAGCGGAGUGGACCAAUCAGCGACGGGCGGGACGAGGGACAAAACAUACGAGGAGAGCGGAGUUUAUUCAACAUGGCUAGCGCGAGACAGACUGUUGUCAAUGACUUGUGUCGAUGGGAUUUUGGUCACUUAAAACUGAUUUUACCGUGGAUUGGAACAUAUUCUCGGCUCUCCUGUUCGCCAUCUGUGUUGUUGUGGAGACGACUUCCGACGCGGAAGAGUAACGUUGCUUGUUAAGAACACGUCACGCAAAUAAACGAAUCUGAUUUGUCGAUUGAUUUUGUACUUGUUCGAGAGGCCGUUAAUGGGCUGGGUCCCAGACUAUUCUCUCCGUGUUUGAAAAACACAGGGAGAACAGUCUGGCCGUGCCAGGCAACUGUAUCUCAGCCAUCAAUGUUCACGUAUCUCAUCCAUCAAUUUUUUAGCAUAUUGCAUCACACUCAUGCAUCUCAAAGCUUUCAAAACAUGGUCUGUGUACUCUUUAUUAUGUCACAAAGAACAACUGAGAACAGCAUAUAAGGAACAAACAAAUAGCAUUCAGUGUCAGGUCGUCAGCAAUUCAGCAUAUGUUUGCAUGCCAACUAGCAAUUACCGCUUGACCUGAUUGUUUCCUUUGCCUGUCAACAUCAAUAAAAUCCUGUGUCUGUGAUACGCUACUGGUUCCUCCGUCUCGUACAUGACAGUACGACCUGACCAAAAUGGAACCAGCGUAUCAACCCUCUGCCCUGGACCGUCUUCACCAAACGGAAGAGGAGGUCUCCCGGAUGUCUGGUGACAUCGCAUCGUUAAUCCAGGUCGGCAACAAACACCAGCAACAACUCCAGCAACAGCAAGAACAACUGACACAGGUGAUCCAAACUCUCACCAAACUGGCAACUCCAUCGUCACCACAACCCAAUGCUCUGGUUCCAGAAGCCCCGGUUCCGGUGAACCCAGCUUUGGCUAUUGAUGCUCCCGAGUCCAUGAUUGGAAACCCCGAAUGCUUUAACAGAGACCCAACCCAGCGCCCCCCACAGGCGCGCUUGUCAUUGGCGCACAUCAAGUGUCUGUUCCUGUGCUGGCUGGCGGUUCUGGUAGGCAGCUGGGUGGUCUACGUGGAGUACUCGUCCUACUCCGAGCUUUGCCGGGGACACCGUUGCACGGCGGCCAUGUGCGAAAAAUACCGAAUAGCCUUGGUGGAUGGAUCAGCCUGCAGCAGCUUGUGUGACAAAAACACUUUGGAGCUCAACAAGUGUCUCGGCACGCAAGCUAGCAAGCAGGUGUACUCGUGCACUUGGGCCGACCUGGAAUGCGUGAUCAGGUGUCGGAUGGAUGAGACUCCGGCCUACGAUGUGGGGAGCCAGAUGGAGGCCAAGAAGGAGGCUGCCGCCCUCUUCGACACGCCCUCCAAGGGGACCUCCGUGGAAAGGUUCCGAGAGAUGAUCCUCGACCACUUAAAGACCAAAGUGGGAGAUGAGCAAACCAACCUUGGCGAGCUCAGUGUUCGUGCCCUGACGGCGGCCGACGCCAACAAGGAUGGCCACAUUUCCUUGGCGGAGGCUAGGUCUUCUUGGGCGCUUCUGCAGCUGGAUGAUUACCUUCUGGCGUUGGCACUACAGGACCGCGGACACACACCCAAGAUCCUCGGCUUCUGCGGGGAUCUCUACGUGACGGAGAGAGUCACGAACGCACCGCUCUACGGUUUCAGGGCGCCGACUUGGUUUCCGGCUGGUAUUCGGCGUACAGUCGACCACUGGUUCACCCCCGCCUGGCCUCAUCGAGCCAAGAUUUCUAUCGGGCUCCUGGAACUGGUGGAGGACCUGUUCCACGGUGCUUUUGGCAGCUUCUUCAUGUGUGACCUUAGCGCCGCCCGCUUCGGGUACACCGGGCGCCACGAUUUGAGGGUGGCAGACGCUCAGCAUAUCGUCCCAGAGGCUACUUUCCGGAAGGCCAUCCGGCGGCGGAGGUGCGAGAAGGAUGCGGACUGCGUCUACGGGGUGGACUGCCUGACCUCGUGCGAUCUCACCAAGCGACGUUGCACUCCUGAGUUGGCCGAGCCCAACCUGGCCAAGGCCUGCCGGGUCCUUGAGGACUACCUCCUGCGGGGGGCGCCCUCGGACAUACGCGAGGAACUGGAGAAGCAGCUGUACACCUGUGCGACGUUGCAGGGAUCGGCCGAACGGGCGGAGAUCCAACACUCGCUGGUCCUCAACAAUCUCAAGUCGCUUCUGUGGAAGAAGAUCUCGCACAACAAAGACUCCUAGUUAAAAAGUCGCAGAGUUCUUAGUACUGUUGCAUCGGUACCGAUAUAGCACUUAAAUUAAUCGGUAUCCAGGAGCACUAAGAAAUAACGUUCCGAAGCUUUGCAAUAUUUGCUUAUUUGAGAACUAGUUUCCAACCGCUGGUCGCCACACCCAAGAUGGCUGUCAUUCGCUGCCACACCUUCCACUUCAAAUGGAUUGGACGUCAAUGAACACCAAUCCCAGAAAAUAUUUAAAUUUGGGGGCAUUUGAAGUCAUUUUUUGUUGAUUUUCGGUCACUUUCUCUUGAUUAUGGGGCAUUUGCAGGUCACUUCCUGUUCAUUUCGGGACAUUCCCGUCUCACUUCCUGUUCAGUAAGCCCAAAUCCACAGGAAGUGACGCAGAAAUGUCCUAAAAUCAACGGGAAGUGACUAAAAAUCUUUUUUUUUUUUUUCAAGCUUCUGCCGUUUUUUUUUUUUUUCAAAAUGAGUGUAUCGUCACUAUAUUGGGAAGGGAAACGAUUGUUCAAUUUCUUCACAGCGGCCAUCUUGGGUAGGGCAUCCAACGAUUUGAAACUAGAUCUGGAAAAGUACAUAUUGCACAGCAUCGGCACGUUAUUUCUUAGUUCUUGCCGAUAACGAUGAAAUAAUUUUAGUGUUGUACCUGUACAAAACUACAAAUUAGUAUUUCAAACAAACAUUUUCAGUAUUUAUUUAUUUAUUUAUUUACAUGAGUCUUGAGUGAUUUGGGGAAUUUGAGAUAUUUGCUAAUGCCACUUUUUGGAAGAUUUAAAGUUGUCUUGCGAUUUAUAAUGAUCUUACACAAAUUAUUACGAAUAUCAAAAAUGGAAAUAAAUAAUUAAUUAUGAAAGAGGAGUGUGUUUGGUGUGUUUCAACUAUUAUCUAGCUAUCUAGCUCUCUAGCUAGCUAGCUAUAUGACGUAUUAAUGCCAGUUUGUAAACUAGUACGUCAAGACAACACUACCGAGACUAGCUAAACU